AUGUUAGCGAAUCGUUUGAAACUUGUUCUGAAUAAGUGUGUAGCGAAGGAACAGUCGGCGUUUAUUGAAGGGAGGUCCAUUCUUGAUACUGCUAUGGUGGCCACAGAAAUUAUUCAUGCUUUAAAAAGGAAGACACAUGGUACCAAUGCCCACCUAGCCUUGAAGAUCGAUAUUAGUAAAGCCUAUGAUAGAGUUGAUUGGGGUUUUCUACAUGGUAUUCUUCUUCGUAUGGGUUUUGAUGCGAAUUGGAUUCAUUGGCUUAUUAUGUGUGUGACCUCGGUGCACUAUUCUCUUUUUGUUAACUCCGAUAGAGUUGGACCGAUUAUCCCAGGAAGAGGACUGAGACAAGGAGACUCUUUAUCGUCUUACCUAUUCAUUCUUGUUUCUGAAGGGCUAAUCUUGUGGAGGCAACAAAUCUUAUGGAGAUUCUUAACAUUUAUGCAGCGGCAACCAGUCAGGAGAUUAACCUGUCGAAGUCUGAGGUGUUUUUUUAGUCGUAAUAUCAGUGCUCCAGCUCAAGAAGAUUUAGCCCAUUUGAUGGGGGUGAGACGGGUAUUGGGCACAGGGAAGUAUUUGGGAUUACCUUCCAUGAUUGGUAGAAGCAAGAAGGCGGUGUUCUCUUUUGUUAAGGAUAAGAUUUGGAAAAGAAUUAAUUCUUGGAGCGGUAGAUCUUUAUCUAAAGCUGGCAAAGAUGUUAUGAUUAAAUCAGUUCUCCAAUCGAUACCGGCCUACAUCAUGAGUGUUUAUUUGAUUCCGGAUGGGGUGGUGAAUAAUAUUGAAAAGAUGCUUAAUUCAUUUUGGUGGGAUGGUGGUGGCAACAACAAAGGCAUAAGGUGGUUGGCGUGGGAUCGUAUGACGUCUCUGAAAAGUGAAUGA